AUGUUCGUCUUUUACAAGGAGACCUCUCGAACAUUGAAGUACUCACCAAUUAGGAAAAAUAGAAACGCAUCAAGUUUAUUAUUAAGUACUUCAUUAACAGCAUCAGCAGCACAACAUUGUCGCUGCUAUAUUCAUUCAUCUUCACCGCCCUAUUCGGUGCUGAUUUUUUCAGCUGCCGACAUCCUUUUCCGGCUCAUAGAGGGUUUUGUCGGUCAAGUCGAAGACGUGCAAAAGAAUUGUUUCCGUCAAAUUAUGAGCACACGCCAAUCGAAUCAAGAAACUUCAUCUAUUUUCGACAGUAAUCGAUCACGCCGUCAACAACCAACACCUUCAACUCUACCUUCAAAUCAACAACAAGAACCACUUAAUUCUUCUCCAACUCAUAGUGAUCAAGCCUCAAAAGCCUGUUGUUUUUGUUGGUGUUGCUGUUGCUCCUGUUCGUGGUAUGUAUAUUAG